AAGGUGGUGAAAGCGUCCGGACUGGAAGGUGGUGAAAAAGCGUCCGGACUGGAAGGGGGUGAAAGCGUCCGGACUGGAAGGGGGGUGAAAGCGUCCGGACUGGAAGGGGGGGUGAAAGCGUCCGGACUGGAAGGGGGGGUUAAAGCGUCCGGACUGGAAGGGGGGGUGAAAGCGUCCGGACUGGAAGGGGGGGUGAAAGCGUCCGGACUGGAAGGGGGUGAAAGCGUCCGACUGGAAGGGGGUGAAAGCGUCCGGACUGGAAGGUGGUGAAAGCGUCCGGACUGGAAGGUGGUGAAAGCGUCCGGACUGGAAGGGGGGUGAAAGCGUCCGGACUGGAAGGGGGUGAAAGCGUCCGGACUGGAAGGGUGGUGAAAGCGUCCGGACUGGAAGGGGGUGAAAGCGUCCGGACUGGAAGGUGGUGAAAGCGUCCGGACUGGAAGGUGGUGAAAGCGUCCGGACUGGAAGGGGUGAAAGCGUCCGGACUGGAAGGGGGUGAAAGCGUCCGGACUGGAAGGGGUGAAAGCGUCCGGACUGGAAGGGGGUGAAAGCGUCCGGACUGGAAGGGGGUGAAAGCGUCCGGACUGGAAGGGGUGAAAGCGUCCGG